UAUUUUUAUUUUUCAGUCAAAAUUCAAAAUUUAAUAAAAAUUAACAUUUUUUUGAUUACAAUUAUCUGGAUUCAAUCACUUUUCACUACAAAAUCACUUUACGAAAACAAUGAAGGUCAAUGAAGAGAAGGACUCCGAAAGUAGCAAGCGAAACUCAAAUAAUGACUACAAUCCCGACGGCAUGUGCUGUUGCAACCCUGAACAAAGUCCCUAUGAUCAGACUUAUGUCUGGUAUCCGAAACAAGUAAGUAUUAAAGAGCUGGAAUAUGUGCGUCGAAUGGAAUCCGAGUUUACAUCUCUACAACGCGCUGUGCUUACUCUAACCACACAAUUCGCACGAUUGCAAUUUCGCAUACGACAAAUAGUCCACGCUGAACCCUUUGAACGCGAUGCUAUGCUACUUGAUCUUGAAAAUUUAGCAUCCAAUACUACAAAUGGAGGAAACGAUGAGGUGCCACACAUACAGCGUGAUUCUAUAGAUAUGGGCGAUGUGCGCCGCAAACAACAUUUCAUACUCGAUCACCUCCAUCAACAACUAGCCACCCUGGCUGAUGAGCGGAGUUCCAAAUAUGUACUGAAAUUCGGUGAUGAUGCACAGGCUGCCCGUAACGACCGUGGAGGCACAAGAAGUUCUGCGACAGAAUCGGAUACUACACAUUUCUCCGAGCCGGAUUAUAAUGCAUUCACGAGUGGAGCCAAUUCGGAGUACUCGGACUCGAGUAGAAAUAAAGCUGACCAGUGGGGAGAAACUGAAGGUGAAAGUAACAAACAUCACACGAGAAGUUCAAGUCACAGUCGCAAAGGGCUUAUAGAGCUUUGCUUAUAAUAUUUGAUAUAUACAAACGCACGAAUGCUGAGUGUACUUUUCCAAAGGAGGCUACAGCUGUAUAUUUUGACUUUAUUCAAGAAAAAUACGAGUAUUGGGGUGUUGAAAUCCGAAACUAUGCAAACAGCAGCAGAACAACCCAGUUGAGUGUGUAUUGGCAGAUAAUCGGGGUUAGUUGUAAACACAUACUUAUAUAUAGUUUUAAUUUUAACUUGUGUGUAUUGGAGCUAGACUGCGCAAUAGUUCAGAAUUAUAUAACUGUAAAUAUUUUUAUUUAGUAGCGCAAAAAGAAACAAA